AUGAGAUUGUAAAAUAUUGGAACUAUUGAUUUCAACAAGGCUAAUAAAUAGAUUAAGGAUUUAUCUCAUAAAUUUUUGCAGAGCAAGUUGCUCAGAAAGAACAAAGAGAAUUUUAAUCCAAAUUAGAGUCAUUAGGAUGCUGCAGCAAAAUUAUUAUUAGAAGCUCUGCAAAAACCUAUAUUAAGAAAUUUGAGAGACUUGAUUAGGAUCAAAGAGUCAGUAGUUUGCGAGAGGAAUAUUUUUGAUGAGGUUUGUUCGAUGGGUGUAAGUGAGAAUAGUGACAUUGGUGAAGGGUUCAAGAUUUCCUUUGCGAAUUUGAGCAUCAAAUAGGAAAUAAUAGUCGAUUGCGAGAGUAUUCAACCUACUAAUGCGCCGAUACUAUUGUUUAUGGUGCUUCAGAAUAUUAGGAAGAAGAAAAUGAUCAUCUCAUUCUAAGAAAUCAAACUUUUCAUACUUUAAAGAAACUUGAGAUCAGUAAACAAAAGACUUGAAUAUGCGAAGUAAGAAUAAUUGCGUAAGAUUAUUGUAAACAAAACGAAAUAGGAAUAAAUAUUGCUUUAAGUGUAUUUGAAGUAUUGGUCACAACAAACACAACUUCUGAUAUUUUUUGAUCAUUUUGGUUCAAAAAUAGAGAAGAUCUACAAAAAUAGGUUGAAUGAAUAUUUAAUUGCAAUGAAGCAGCAAUUAGCUAAGAGGGAGGCAGCGUAAAAUUUGGUGAGGGUAUUAAAUACAAAAUUAUUUGAAUAUGGACAAAAUUUGAAUAGAGUGAAAAACAAUUUGCAUUUGCAACAUUGCUUGAGGAAGGUGGUGAUACGAUAGUUGAGAGGUCCAUUCUAAUAAAUGCAAAUGAGUAGGCCUCGAUCUCCAGUUAUUUUUGAAUUGAUGAAUAAAUUUUAAAGUAACUUGUUGAGAGGGAGCCUAAAGAUUUUGUAGUUGCAUAUGUUGAGAUAGAAGAGGAUGAUCAAGUCUUUCUCGUAUGGCUUUGAAGAUCUCAAUAAAAUAAUGAAUAAAUUGGAUUAUAAAUUGGGUUUUGUUAAGCUGCAAAAUAAAAACUAAAAAAAAUAAAGGAUGUUGCCAACAAAAUAUUUAGUAAUGAUUCUCAAAAGAAUAGAGGACAGGCAAAAACAUUGGGUUUUGCGGAAAUUAAAUUAAUGA